UUCCCUCUCGGUUCAGUCUUUACAGUACAUAUUUUGGCGAGGCAAAGAUGUCUUGUUACCGUAGUUUAGGCCAAUUAUUAGGCCGUUUAUAUUUACCUAGAAGCCUUAGAGCUUCUCUAAAUAGGCAGUCAAGCCGGUGUAUUUGUGAUGGUCGCGCUUGCAUCACACAAACCAGAGGGACUACGAUUGUCCUAAGCUCAUCUUCAAGAAAACAGAGGUACAACAGCUUGCUUACAGGCAGUCAGGCAUCUAACAUUUUUAGAGGAUUUCAUUCAUCAUCUUGUCUUUAUGAUGAAGAAAGUAUUGUUGUCAAAACACCACCCUUUGCUGAAUCUGUGACGGAAGGAGAUAUUCGAUGGGAUAAAGCUGUUGGAGAUGCUGUUGCUGAAGAUGAAGUAGUUGGAGAGAUUGAGACAGACAAGACUAGCAUUCCAGUCACUUCUCCAGCAUCUGGUAUUAUUGAAGAGCUGUUUGUUGAUGAUGGAGAUAAAGUUGAGAAGGAGCAACAGCUAUUCAAACUGAGAGUGACAGGAGAAGCACCAAGUAAAGAACCAAAAGCUGAUGAUGCAGCUGCUGAUGAACCAGCAGAGACCAAGAAAGAGAAAGCUGCACCAGCUCCAACACCAUCCACUCCCUCAUCAACACCAAAAGAAAUCCCUACAUCUCCUCCUCCUGUUCCACCAGUACCAAAAGCACCACUUCAUGAAAGGCAAGUCUCCUCUUCAACUCCUGAAGCACGAGCACCAGCAUCAGCACCAUCUACUGAUGUUCCUGCAAGGGAUACUCGCUCAGAGCACAGGGUUAAAAUGAAUCGUAUGAGACAAAGAAUUGCUCAGAGGCUGAAAGACUCGCAGAAUACCUAUGCAAUGCUGACAACUUUUAACAACGUGGACAUGAGUAAUGCAAUGGAAAUGCGCAAGGCUUAUAAAGAUGCUUUUCUCAAGAAGUAUGGCCUCAAGCUUGGCUUUAUGUCGGUGUUUGUGAAAGCUGCUGCAUAUGCUCUUCAGUCUGAACCAGUGGUUAAUGCAGUGAUCGAAGACAAUGAAAUUGUGUAUAGAGACUAUGUUGAUAUCAGUGUGGCUGUUUCAACACCAAAGGGUCUAGUUGUGCCGGUCAUUCGCAACGUGGAAACAAUGAACUUUGCAGAUAUUGAGAAAACAAUAAGCUAUUUAGGAGAAAAGGCUAGAAAUAAUGAUUUGGCGAUAGAAGACAUGGAUGGCGGCACAUUCACCAUCUCUAAUGGAGGUGUAUUUGGUUCAAUGAUGGGAACACCAAUCAUCAACCCACCCCAGUCCGCUAUCCUAGGAAUGCAUGCAAUCAAUGAUCGACCAGUUGCCAUAAAUGGAAAGGUUGAAAUUCGUCCAAUGAUGUAUGUUGCCCUGACAUAUGACCACCGUCUAAUUGAUGGAAGAGAAGCUGUUACAUUCCUUAGGAAAAUCAAGGCUGCAGUUGAAGACCCUCGCGUUCUAAUGCUGGACCUGUAGUCCAUUGGAUCAUGUAGUGACAUGAUUCUAUUUUGACCUCAGAACUUUUUCUUGUCUCAAAAGAAAAUUAUACUUUGCAACAUUUUGCCUGAAUGUUACUUAGAUUAAAUAUAUUUCAUAAUGAUGUUCUGUACUCUAUUAUAUUCACUAGCAGUUAUCUUUGACCACAUGCCUUUCACUCUCAGAGCUGUAUGUCCAGUGGAAAUACUGGUAUGUCUGGAAAUACCAGUAUGUUUGAAUUACUGGAUUUACUGGUUUUUCAGGCUUUGCCAGUCCUAUUGAUAAUCUUAGUUUGUGUUGAUGUAGUUUCAUGGUGAAGGAUAUUGAUAUAUGCAUCUUAUGUUAAAUUUUAUGUUAAAUAAUUAUAAGAUUUUUUUAGUCUACAUUUUUAAAAGUUCAUUCAUGACAAAUAUUGCACAUUUCAAAGCUUGAAAAAAGCAGCUUGAAUGGUUUACCAGUUUUAUAGGAAACAUACAUUAUACCAAUAUGUCUUAUAUUCAGCAGAGUGUUGACUUUGUAACAGUUCUAUUCAAGAUCAUAGCUGAGAAUAUUUUUCAUUUUCAUGUUUAUUUAAGGGAAUUCUUUUUAGAAAAAGUAGUCAGACGUCUUGUAAUAAACCUAUAAAUGAAACUA